UUGAAUCAGUUUGAGUUAGGUAAAAUCGCGGUCCUCUUGUCCCUGACAUAACUUUGACUGACUGACACUUUGGAGAGCUGCAUGCUGGUGUACUCAAACAAGCACCAGUAUUGUGGUAAUUCGAAGUACUUAGUAGGUAUUGCUUUCGGAGAAGGUACCCGUACAGUAGCAGAUCGGUUGCUGGCCUCCCACAAGCGGGUUCAACCAGUCAAUUGAGAAGUUGCGAUACUGUAUGCGAGGGCGCUGAGAGCAGUACUUGCUGACGUCGUAGGGCGAUAGGAGUAGGUACGUUAAGGACAGUAGGGACUUCAAGAGAAGAAAACAGAAGAAAGAAGACCGGAACACACAAUGGCUUUGACCGUCGACGAGAUACUUAAUAGAAGCCAGGAAGACAACUAUGAAGAAAUUAGAAGGAUUUGGGAAAGCGUCAAACAAGACUCAACAGCCAGGAAGACACAAAAAUAUGUGGACGAACGAAAAUCCAAUUUGGACAGUAUUUAUCAAAGAGCAUUCGACCGACGGUUGCAGGAGCAAGAGGUGUUGUCCUCGCAUAAAUACCUCACUCUCAACCACAAAAUAUCGACAAGCGAAUGGAAGAAUGUUACGCGACAUGCAUUUAGAGGAUCCCAUACUAAGCCAUCGAAAAUGGGACUCGACCACGAGACGACGACGACGACGACGAGAGUUAGACGAGCCAAACAAGAUAGAAAAAUUCAGUAACAUGAUGAAGUUUUUGAAAACGAGAUUCAAAAGCUUAGAGUAAAAUAUACCACAGUGUAAACCGACCUUUACAGUGACACCGAACCAUAACAAGAACUAAGUGACUCGGAAAAUUAUCAGACAGAAUUUACAAUUGCAAAUUUCAUAUUACUAUUUACUCCAAUACUAAAUACGAAACUAAAUACGGAUUACAAGGUUAUGACAUGCCACAGACAUUUAUAGGAAUAGACUACAAAAAUUGAUUACACACUUUCAUUUGGUUUUCCUGUGGCCGUGAAGAACAUGCAAUUAAACUACAAUUGCAUUGUUAGACUCAUAACUAUAAAUGAAAAUACUGCAGAUUGUCCACAGAUUGCAAGAAAAAUACGACAGACAAACAUGGGAGCCGGAACCAGG